UGCAGUUAAUUCAGCGUAUCUAUCUUAUUUGUAGAGUGACAGUGAAAGUGUAUAAAAAGCAUGAAGAAUUUGGUAAAAAUAACAGCGAUGUUCAUGUUCUUUAAUCUGGCAUUGUUGAUCAGUGCCGCUGGUACCAAUAAUGAGAAUGAACGAAAGCCUUACAUUGUAUACAUGGGAGAGCUACCCGAAAGGAGCGGCAGAAAGACGAUGGAAGAUGACCACCAUGACAUUCUUUCGGACGCAAUUGGAGAUGAGAGGAUAGCACGUGAAUCCAAGAUUUACAGCUACCACAGAAGCUUCAAUGGGUUUGCAGCACGGUUGUUGCCUCAUGAAGCAACCUAUCUGUCAAAGAAAGAGGGAGUUGUAUCAGUAUUUCCCAAUACUAUACAAAAGCUUCAGACUACAAGGUCCUGGGAUUUUCUCGGAUUGUCCGAUGAGAUUGGCAAAACUAAGAGAAACCUUAAGGUUGAAAGCAACCUUAUAAUUGGUGUUCUAGAUACAGGAAUUUAUGUGGAGUCACCCAGCUUCAAUGAUAUAGGCUUUGGACCUCCCCCACCCAAAUGGAAAGGCAAAUGUGCCCGGGCUGCCAAUUUUACUGGAUGCAACAACAAAGUGAUAGGUGCACAGUAUUUCAAUCUGGCCGGCAGCCCCAUCGACCUAUUAACUCCGGUGGACGUGGAGGGUCACGGGACCCACACGGCCUCUACAGCAGCGGGGAACUCAGUCCGUGGCGCAAACUUGUAUGGUUUAGCCAAAGGCACAGCUAGGGGCGCGGUUCCAUCAGCUCGCGUAGCAGCCUAUAAAGUGUGUUGGAGCAUGGGCUGCCAAGACAUGGACAUGUUGGCUGCAUUCGACGCAGCCAUUGCUGACGGGGUUGAUGUUAUAUCAGUAUCCAUUGGAGGCCCAUCCCGAAUCUACUUUGAAGACUCGAUGGCCAUCGGGGCUUUCCACGCGAUGAAGAAGGGGAUCAUGACAGUGUGUGCAGCAGGAAAUUAUGGGCCUGACACAGCUACUGUCCAGAAUGUUGCCCCUUGGAUGUUCACUGCUGGUGCCACCAGUAUGGAUAGGCAAUUCGAGACUGAUGUUACAUUAGGCAAUGGCAUGAGAGCCAAGGGAAUUUCUAUUAACACAUUUUCAUCCAAAAAACAUAUGUUUUCUCUGACAAGCGGAACACUAGCAGCCAAUUCCAGUAGCGGAGGAGCUUCAUAUAGAAAUGCCAGUGCUUGUGAAGAAGAGAGUCUAAGCAAGAAGCAGGUGAAGGGGAAAAUAGUGUACUGUCUGGGAUCAAAUGGCCAGGAUUCUACUAUAAGUGAAAACAGGGGAGCUGGAGUCAUAAUGUCCGGUGACGACAACUAUUCAGACGAGGUGGCCUUUUCUUUUCUGAUACCUGCAACGGUUGUCAACCAGAAGGACGGUAAAAAGAUAGAAAAGUAUAUCAACUCAACCAGGGUGGCGAAAGGUACAAUACACAAAUCAAGAACUACUAACAUAGCGAAUGCUCCCUUCAUUGCAUCGUUCUCAUCCCGAGGUCCACAAUCGAUCUCUAUGAACAUCCUCAAGCCAGAUAUAGCUGCCCCGGGACUCAGCAUCUUAGCUGCUUACUCACCAUUAGUGACCUUGACCGGAGACAGUACUGAUAAUCGGUUUACAUUAUACAACAUAAUAUCAGGAACAUCAAUGUCGACUCCUCAUGUUGCUGGUGCAAUCGCUUAUGUCAAGUCCUUCCAUCCCGCCUGGUCCCCUUCUGCUAUCAAAUCCGCUCUCAUGACCACAGCUACACCAAUGAAGGUGAAGCCAAUGGAGGCUGAAUUGGCCACAGGGGCAGGCCAAAUAAACCCAACAAAAGCACUGGACCCUGGCCUGAUAUACGAAAUGAAUCCAGGCUCCUACAUCCGUUUCCUCUGCAAAGAAGGAUACAACAACACAAUGAUUCGCAUAAUAACUGGUGGUAAACACCUACAUGAUUGUUCAACUUUACGCGCUAGAGGAUUCGAUGGCCUCAACUAUCCUUCUAUGCAUAUACAGCUCUCUCAAAACUCUACCAAGUUUUCAGCCUCUUUCUUCCGGAGUGUGACCAAUGUUGGAUCUGGUAAAUCAGAAUAUGAGGCCAAAGUAAUGCCACCCCCCGGUGUUUCGGUUAAUGUUGAACCUAAAAAGUUGGUAUUCGAAAGGCCUCACCAGAAAAGGGCUUUCAAGGUUGUGGUGAAAGGCAAAUUUGGUGAAGACGAGAAUCAGGUCUUAUCAGGAUCUCUGGAGUGGAGGGACUCCAGUCAUAGAGUUAGAAGUCCUAUAUUGAUUUGUAAAUCAUUGUAUCAGCCAUGAUCGAUUCUAGUUAAUCGUACGAUAAUGUCAGGAAAAUUCCGUCUUAGGUCCAAGUCAUAUGUAAGAGAUUGAAUUCAAAGGAGUAAAGUAACAGCAUCAUAAUUUUUAUUAG